AUGCCUACAACUCGCUCGCUGUCAUCGACAGCAACAGGAGGAGAAGCAGCCGGCGAUCUGCCGGCCCUACUAGCUAGAGUCGCAGCCGGUGACCUCUCUCCGGCAACAGCGGCGUCCCAGCUCGCCCCGCUGCUGGUGUCGGGCGGGGCUCAGGCAGAGGACGUCGGCGGGUUCGCGAAGAUCGACCACGACCGGCGAAGGCGGGUCGGCUUUCCCGAGGUCGUGUUCGGCGACGGCAAGUCCGCCGAGCAGAUCACCGACAUCCUCGCGGCCAUGAUCCGGGAAGCAAGGGCUGGCAGCCGUGUCGCGGCCGAAGCAGCAGCUGUACAUGCAGCAGCAGGAAAUGCAGCAGCAGCGGAUGACGACGGGGAUGCCACUGGUGGUGGUGGUAGCCCGGUCGUUGCCACGAGAGUAUCUCCGGAGAAGUGGUUGGUCAUCUCGGACGCCCUCCCCGGGCAGCUGACCUACCACGCCGAUGCUCGAAUCGUGUCGUUCGGAGAACCGCCGCAGCGCCGCCGUGCGGCGGGAGACGGGGCUCCGGGGGGCUCGAUAGCGACCAGUAUUAGUAUUGGGACGGUGGCGGUGCUGAGCGCCGGGACGUCGGACCUUGCCGUCGCAGAAGAAGCAGCCGUAUUGGCGGAGCUGGCCGGGGCAGAGGUGUCCCGUUUCCACGACGUAGGUGUGGCAGGCAUACACCGGCUACUCGGCGCAAUCCCGUCCGUGCAGAAGGCGGGGGUGGCCAUCUGCGUUGCCGGAAUGGACGGCGCGAUGCCGGGGGUAGUGGCCGGGUUGGUCAAGUGCCCCGUCGUGGCUGUGCCUACCAGCGUCGGGUACGGAGCAGCCAUGUCAGGCCUUGCCCCUUUGCUAACGAUGCUCAACGCAUGCGCGCCGGGGGUAUCGGUGGUGAACAUCGACAACGGGUUCGGGGCUGCCGCCUUCGCCGUGAAGCUGCUCAAGAGCAGCAAGGUCGCUACUGCAACGCGGGAGACGCAGCAAUGACCACUGCUGUGGGUCUUUUGGUUGACUUUUUUUUGCGUGUGCCGAAGGACUUUGGCGGAAGCGGAAGGCAGGAUGGCCAGGGAAGGCGGUAGGGUAGCAGGAGCCAACCCAGUUGUUUCGUUACCAAUGGUGUUUUGUACUAGGGAAGAGCGUGUAUUUGCAAUGUUUUAGCGCAGGCGUUCCUCUUCCCGUAGGCGUUACCCGUUCCGCGGCGGCUGUUGGGCUAAGACGGGAUUGUGUACAGUUUUAGAGCCCUGCAUUGACGUAUCCCGAUAUUUCGCUUCGUCUGGGCUUAGAUGUAUGUUGGAUUUUCAGGAUUUUCCGUCUUUGCCUAUAUGGCGGUGCAAUUCACGGGUGGCGUGGUGGGGAGCUGGUCUCACGCUGCAUUUCCUCAGGAUGAUGCCUUGCGUUGUGACGAUGUGAUGUUUUUCGUGGUGCGCGAAUACUCAGCGCGGACGGGGUUGAAAUGUGUUUCUUAUAUCUCUUGUAACGUCUUGCAAGCUA